UCCCCAUAUAUAAAGUAGUUUGUCCAAAUAAACUAAACUUCAGUCACUUCUCCUCCGUCAUCGAAUCACCUGUUUGGCCGCCAUGGUGAAGUACUCCCAGGAACCCGACAAUUCCACCAAAUCUUGCAAGGCGAGGGGAGCUGAUCUCAGGGUCCACUUCAAGAACACAAGGGAGACAGCGCACGCCAUAAGAAGGCUACCAUUGAACAAGGCCAAGAGGUACUUGGAAGAUGUGAUAGCUCACAAGCAAGCUAUCCCUUUCACGCGUUUCUGUCGUGGUGUUGGUCGUACCGCUCAGGCUAAGAACAGGCAUUCAAACGGUCAAGGUCGAUGGCCUGCUAAAUCUGCUCAAUUCGUUCUCGAUCUCCUCAAGAAUGCUGAGAGCAAUGCCGAGGUCAAAGGUUUGGAUGUGGAUGCACUUUUCAUAUCUCACAUCCAAGUGAACCAAGCUGCUAAACAGAGGCGGAGGACAUACCGUGCUCAUGGAAGAAUCAAUCCUUACAUGUCAAACCCAUGCCACAUUGAGUUGAUAUUGUCAGAGAAGGAAGAGUCUGUUAAGAAAGAGCCGGAGACUCAGUUGGCAGCUAAGUCAAAGAAAGGAGUCUCGUCUUGAGCUUAUUAUAUAGACAAGUAGCUUUUCGUGAUCAUCUCUGUUAUAAGAACGUAUGAUACGUUUUGUUAUUGACUUAUCCUUCUGUACGACAAGGGGCCAACAUUUUCAAAGACAUAAUUUUGUUGUUGAUUUGUUUUUGGAAUACCGGAGCUUUGUUCA